CCGGGACUGGCUAAAAGCUAAAAACUAAAAACUAAUAGCUAAAAGCUAACAGCUAAAAGCUAACAGCUAACAGCUAACAGCUAAAUUGACUUCUACAUUCACUUAGGAACUUUUCUCUCCGGGGGGGGGCACCACCUUUCUGCUGUCUGUGACUGCGGAAGCUCCUUCGGCUCAGUGUCCGAAAACCCCGAGGAGCAGAGCGAGACGCAGAGGCUGAGUGGACCGGUUAUUAUGGACAAGCCGGCCGGACCCAGAUCAGAUCGUGGGGGACUCACGGAGCGACGUCCAGACAGGGCGACCUUUUUCCACGGGGAGUUUCAGAGACCCAGGGUUAUGACAGCAGCCUCACAUUUCCCGGCUUGAAGUGGACGUUACACCCGCGGCUGAGAUCUCAAAGGUGCUCAGCGCAAUGGGACUCCUAAACCUCUGAACGGCAAGCACAAAAGACCGAGGGGAAGAGGCAGAAUAAAGCCAAGGGAGGUUGAAAAGAGGACAAAAGAGGAGGAGAAGGAGGUGGAACAGAAGAAGGAGGCAAGGUUCUUCCCUGGUGCCAGGCAAAAAGGAGAGCUUUUGGGCAGAAGAGUGGGUGGAGAAGGAGAGGGAGGGAGGGAGUUUUGAAAGGAAGGAUUUGCUCUAUCUGUUGGGGGUGCAUGCUCCCCCCUAAAUCCACCCCUCCAACUUGGACAUCCUCUUUUUUUUUUUUUUUUUCUCUGCAUCAGUGACAGACCGACAAAAGGCAAAGAAUGCACAGUAAACUAAGUUUGGGCUGCCUCGGGGCGAGCAGGGGCCUCGAUCUGAGACUACCCAGGACUAGAGCCUUGUUACUGGGCUUGCUUCUCGCCACGGCGGGCUGGUUCUAUCCGCCGGUCUGUGCAGAGGCGGAGAUUGACGUGCUGGCCGAGGUGGUGUUAAUGGAAGCAGGUGGACAAAGUGAGAGGGUUGGUGGAAGAAGCGAGCUGGAGGCCUCCAUGCACUCCUCGCUCCUUCGGGACUUCCAGGAGGUAACGGAAGGUAUCCGGGCGAUGGAGGCUGCUGCCGUAGAAACCGGUGAGACGGCAGCGACUCAGCAGAAUUUGGUGGCGCCCACUGCCUUCGCAGACUCCUCGGCAGUGGUGGGUCGAAUCUUCCAGAUGAAGGUGCCGAACAAGAUGGAGGAUGUUUACCUGGGUGAUAUUGUCAAGAUUACUGAGAUGGGAAAGGACUCCCUCCCUGCCUGGCUGCACUGGGAUGCCAGCAGCAGAAUCCUGCAGGGUCUACCUCUGGAGGAGGACAAAGGUGUCCAUUACAUCUCAGUAUCCAUCUCCAACCACACGAAAUCCUCCUCCUCAGAAGUGUUUUCCAUUGAGGUACACCCUGAAGAUCAUUUAGACGCAGAUUCAGCCCAGCUGGCAUCCAACCAAGCCUCCGCUGACGACGAUAUCCAGCCAUUCAUGUGUGGCAACGAGGAACCAGUCACAGUGCUGACAGUGAUCCUGGACGCCGAUUUAACCAAGAUGAGCUCAGAACAAAGGGUGGAGCUCCUGGAUAACAUGAGGAGCUUCUCCGGGGUGGGGCUCCAGCACAUGAAGAUACUCCCCGUGGUCAACAACCGGCUGUUUGACAUGUCUGCAUUCAUGGCUGGGCCGGGGAAUGCUAAGAAGGUGGUGGAGAAUGGUGCGCUGUUAUCCUGGAAGCUCGGCUGCUUGCUGGACCAGAGCACCGUCCCAAAUAUCAACAGUGUCCAGGGUCCUGCAAAGGAAGGCACAAUGUCCGCCAAGCUGGGGUACCCUGUGGUGGGAUGGCACAUUGCCAACAAGAAACCCCAUGUCCCUAAGCGGGUGAGGCGCCAAUUAAACAACACUCCAACACCUGUUCUGGCAGUGCUUCCUCCAACAACUGUUGUGGAGCCUCCAGUGAGGAUUAUCCCAACCCUCUCCUCUCCAUCUAUUGCCGCACCAACCGAAAGCUCUGCUCCCCCUGUAAGAGGCCCCGUUCCCCUUCCAGGCAAGCCUACAAUCAGAGUCCGAGACCCUAUCGCCCACACCCCAACCUUGGGACCUCCUCAACCAACAAGGGUGAUGGAGACCACCAGCACCAUUCCCAUCCAGCCAACCAUGACCAGGCCUACUUAUGUGGAAGCAACUGCCACACCACCCACACCUACCAGAAGACCUACCAAGAAACCUAAGAGGCCUAAAUCCACACCAGUGCCCAGAGAGCCAAAGACCUCCACAGCGAAGCCAUCCACGCGUACAACCCCAUCACCUGGUGUCAUCCCGGAUCCAUACAAUGAGAAGCCUGUCCUGCGUAAUCCCAUCGACCAGGUCAAUGCACUGGUGGGCACCUAUUUCGAGGUUAAGAUCCCAUCUGAUACAUUCUUUGAUAAAGAGGAUGGGACAACAGACAAGCUGCGUCUCACACUGAGACAGAACCACAAUGAAGUGGUUGGAGAGGGCUCCUGGAUCCAGUUCAACACCACCAGCCAACUUCUCUAUGGUCUGCCUGAUGUCCAACAUGUGGGAAAACAUGAAUAUUUCAUGCAGGCAACUGACAAAGGUGGCUUAAACGCAAUUGAUGCUUUUGAGGUCCGUGUGAACCGCUGGCCCAUCAAUGACAAGACCCCUGUGAUCUUCACAGCCCGAUUCGAAGGUGAGCCACGUUCAGUAACCAAUGACAUCCACAAGAAAAUCCUUCUGGUCAAGAAGCUGGCAUAUGCCCUGGGGGACCGCAACAGCAGUACAGUCAGUCUACGGAAUAUCACCAAAGGAUCCAUUGUGGUGGAGUGGACGAACACCAGCCUCCCGCAGCAUCCUUGUCCAAAGGAACAGCUCACAAUCAUGAGCAGAACACUUGCCAAUGCUGAGGGGACGCCCUCGCAGACCUUCAGGUACUCCAUGGAGCCUGAAUUUAGACCACUGGACGUCAUGGUGAAGGGAAGGGCAAGCUGCAGAACAUAUUCCUUCAUCCCACCUGGAGAGAUUGAUAUACCAGAACCUCCACCAGUCACUCCAGUUCUGGGAACAGGCCGGCAGAGCACGGAUGACGUCUAUCUCCACACAGUCAUUCCUGCUGUUGUUGUCGCAGCAAUCCUGUUAAUAGCAGGUAUUAUUGCAAUGAUCUGCUACAGGAAGAAACGAAAGGGCAAACUCACCAUUGAAGACCAGGCCACCUUCAUCAAAAAAGGUGUGCCGAUUAUCUUUGCCGAUGAACUUGAUGACUCUAAGCCGCCUCCAUCUUCAAGCAUGCCCUUGAUUCUCCAGGAAGAGAAGCCCCCACUUCCGCCCCCUGAGUACCCCAACAUGGCCACACCAGAGACCACUCCCCUCAACCAGGAACUGCUGGGGGAGUACACAGCUCUGCGGGAUGAGGACCCCAAUGCACCUCCCUACCAGCCGCCACCUCCUUUCACCGCUCCCAUGGAGGGCAAGGGCUCCCGUCCCAAGAACAUGACUCCCUACAGAUCACCACCUCCCUACGUGCCGCCCUAAGACUUGUUUAACCCUUCCCUCGCAGGGUGGAGGGAGAGGAUGCCUGAGGAACUGUAACGGUUUCCAUUCUGGUGUCUGUCUGGACAUUUACAGGGAGAGAUGACAAGAGGUGCUAAAGUACAAAACAGCUACAAGGGACUUUGGUUUGGGAGGGGGAGUGAUGAGUUGGGUGGGGUUUUACAGUAGACACAUUGGAUGAUUGGUUGAAACAGCUGGGAGGGACUACUGUUUUAGUGGUAGCCCAGCUAAUACAGUGGCCUAAGACAAUUAAAAAAAAAAAAAAAAUUCUCGUCACACUGGCUUUCGAGUCGACCAGUUGGUCAGAAGCGACAAUUGGGAGAGAUGCUCUCCCUUCCCAGUAUUUCUUUUUUUUUCCUCUAUUGAUUUGGAUACUGGCUUUUAUUUUGUUUUUCAUCUUUAUCCCAAGAUUAUUCUUUUUUUUUUUUUGGACUGGAUCCUUGCCUAACAACUCUUCUUUUGUCUUGCUUUUAAAAUGAUGCGAGAAGACAGUGAACUGCCAUCAGACCACUGCAGGCGUCAAACUCGUGUUUUUAAUAAGGAGAGUGACAUUCUCUGAAUAUGAAAAAAAGCUAUCACAAGGAUCUCAAAUCACCCCUGCAGACGACACAAGAGAAUGGGAGGCCAAGGUGUGUGCGCGUGUGAACGAGUGGGUGUGUUAAUCAGAUUCAGUACGGUUUGCCUUUUAACACUAGUUGUCUGUUUCUAUCCUUAUUCACAAUGUCUAGUAAAGAUGAGAAUAACAAGGUAGCCUAAAAAAGAUUUAGAAAUGAAUAAUAAAUAAUUUGUUUGUUUCAUCGGUUUUAAAACUCACUGUAUAUCUGGAAGAUGUUCUGAUAGAUUGUGUUAUAUUUUUUCGGUGGUGGAAGAAAGUAGAAGAAAGGGUUUGCCUCACUAAAGUAACCAGAAGGAGCUUUUUAUUCCUGCUAUGAUAUUUAAACAAUAUGUCAGUAACAGGCUGUUAGAUGAAAAUCCCACCUUCCUCCCAAUUGCCCUCAUACCGUCAGCAGAUCUAACAGGCUCAGUAAGGUGUGAGCAACCAGAAAAAAGCAAGCUACUCUAUUCAUGACAAAAUAAAUCAUUGAACUAACUUGUGAAUGCAGAGUUUAAUGUGGAUUUGAAUGCACAAUUUAUAGUUGUAUGUGGAUUUCGGUUCAUCCAAUCUGACCUUAAUUUGGCUAAAGUGAAAUACAGUGAAAAUACAGUGGAAGGCAAUUUCGGUCCUUUUCUACAAACAUACAACACCUCCAACACGUAUCUAAGUGGCAAGAAGAGCCCUACAGUUCAUUUUGGCCCAGGGAUUUUAUUUUUUAUUUUUUUAUGUUAUGAGGCAGUUCUUCGCUCCAGUCUGAGAAGAAACAUUGUGUGCCAUGGAGACUGUCCCAGAUGGGAUUGUACAGAUAUUCACAUUUUAGAGGUCACAGAGGAGACGAUUGUGGCUGCCAUGGAGGCAGAGAUUGGGAAGGAAUAAAGAACCAUACAUUUCCAGUAAUUAGCUCAGAGAAAAGCAGUCAAAUCCCCUUCUAAUUUUUUUACAAAGUUUUUGAUACAGCCUCAAAUUUGCUUGAUAAUUAAAAGAAAACAUGAUUAAUGAUUAGUCUUCUGUGAUUUGUAAAAUCUUAGCCUAGAAGUUCAAUUCUGAUUCAAUUAUGUACACUUUAUUUUUUUGUCAUGAGUCACAUAUUUCAAGUGUUUUAUUUUAUUGUGUGUGUGUUUGCAUAUCAAAAUGUAUCUCCCACUAUACAAAGAUGGAAUGACCCAUAUUUUAUGUAAUCACAAUUUUUAUUUUUAUGUCCUUAUGUUUGCUGAUGAGUUUCAACUGAAAGUGACCCUUUGCAAUAAUAAUGUAAGGCGCAGUCCAUUCAGUGGCUGGUCGAUGCAGGCUCAAGCAAGUGACUCGUAUUGUCAUAAUAUUGUUGGUUUUUGCAGGAUGCCAAGGCUUUUGCUUAUCAAGUGUGCAUUGUCAUAAUAAAACCAACUGGUACGAUUAAAAAAAAAACUUUAAAAAAAACUAAAAAAAAAAAAAAAUCCAGCCCUUCUUCAUUCAUGCAUCUGAUUUCACUUGUCCUCGCUGGUUUUGUUGGGAGAUUUCUGCCUGUGGAAAAUGUCUUAUCCUGUCAUACUCCCCAAUCAAAACCCGACUGAUGUUUAUGGAUGAGGUUUUUGGUCACUGUCACUUUCCUACUGCUCCCACUUAGCCUUGAAUUGAUAAAUCAAUCUGUUUUAAGUCCACAAGAGGUUUUACCUCCCUAGACAGCUUGCUGCCUGGCAACCGUCUGUGGUCUCUGGACUCACCGGAAUGGUCGUACUGCUGUCCUUUUUGUACUAAAAUUAUUCUGCUACUGAAUGACUGGUUGGACAAUUCAGUGUGAAAGCUCUGCCCAUUAAAAAGGCUAUGCUGUGAAAACAGUAUCUCAGCUCCA